UAGAAUUAGAAAAAACAAACUUUUGUUUUCAUUUUUACAGUACAUAAUUUGAAUAUUGAAAAUGUUCCAGAAUAAGUCAGUGAGUGUAAUGGAAUUCUGGUUACAUGUCAAAACAAAUUUUAGUGCAAAAGAUCUAGUUCAGCACUAGCACCUGUGUUAAAUAUUGUAUUUUCAUCACCUAUUAAAAUUUACUCUACACCCACCCACUGUGUGCAUGUAUUCAACCUUCCUCCCAACACUCCAAAGCAUACAUGACAAAAACAUAAUGAAAAUAUUCUUCACUAGGAUUAUGUUCUUAGGUAACGAACAAUUUAAAAAACUACAAUGGAGCACAUUGUAGCAGUAAAACUGCCAAACGAAACCUCACCAUCUGGCAUUGUCUAGUUUGAACAUAUUCCAGAAGAUUUAUGCCUUAACCUAAAAUAUCUAGAUACACACAAACAAGUAAACACAUAUAUACAAGUAAACUACUUAUCCUAUAGUUUGAAUACUUUUAUUAAGAUGUGAAUUCUUUGGCCUCAUACAAAAGCAGAAGAGGUGUGACUGCAUGCAAAGUAUACAAUAUGUUGGUAGUUUUAAGGUAUAGUUUGGUGAACUUUUUAUAUACUUAAACGCCAUAGAAUACCCAGUCAAAAUUGUUUACAGAAGAAUUCAUCAACUGAUAAGGUUAAGGAUCAUGAAUAUAAUGUCACAAACUUUUCAAACCGAAAAACUAUAAAACAGCCCUACUCAUUGUGAUUUCUAUUUAGCAUAGUGAUGGUUCUAUAAAGAGCUUGGAUGCUUUGCAUUGUAUAUUGGAUAACUCGUGUGAGUACCAAUGUCUCUGAACGACUUACGCUAGAUGUUUAACCACAAGGUAAUCAUGUUAAUGUCCUCUGAGCUGGGUGAUCAAAAUGGUCAAACCUCUGCUUGCUUAUAGUUUGCAUACACAUCUGCAAAUGAAUACUGGCCUUCGAAUUACACCUCUGAUAACAGCUGAAAUAAGGCAAUCAUUGUAUGCAACCUCCACCUACGGGGAGAGAGAAAGUCAUCCUAAUACUAAAUGAGCUCUGCAGUACUACAGAGGGACCUCUCAAGUGACAGUAGUCUUUACGCUUUUAAGAGCAACCUUGGCGCAGAGAAGAGAAGGCAAGUCUGGGACACCUUAAAGGCAUCGGCCAGUAAACAGAAAAGGAGUGGAGCUGGGGCUUAGCAUGAGGAGAGCGCCAUCACGCUGUGACCCGCUGGCUUUGCUGUGCCCACGGUUCCUUUGGACUGUGCACGUGCAGACUGCGGUCGUGGACGACUUCAACCACGAUGAGCACUGCAAGGACUCCCUCUGCAUGGGCACGCCGCCUCGAGGCUACCUCAGCAACGCUCUGAAGAAGAUCUGCCAGCGGUACCAGGACAAGCCGCGCUUCGUCACCCUCUACGACCCCCAGAAGCACAUCCCCGGCUACUCUGCGUACACUUUUAAAAAGUCUGCCGGGGAGAAGGGAGUGGACUUCCCCUGGAUGUUCGAACCCCAGGUAAGCCUGGCUUCAGACAAGGGCGGCAAUAACAUGGAGCCCUUUCCCCAGCAUGCCCGCAUACACAUGAACUUCCAGGACACGCAGGCUGUGCUGGAGGACUAUGUCGACGUGGUCCAGUACGAGCGUGGUCAACUGAACCCGGGCCAGCACCAGGCCGACCCGUUGGACAAAGCCGCCACCUACACCCUCACCAACGUGGUGCCUCAGGUCAAAGAGUUCGGCGCCGGGCCCUGGGCCACACAUGAGCAAAUCAUCCGCAAGCGCCUCAACAACUACUGCUAUGGCACAGUCUACAUCAUCGCAGGGGUCACGACCUCUGGGAACAUGAUCUGCCGUGACAACCUGGACCGUGUGGCCAUUCCUGAGUACAUGUGGACUGCCUACUGCUGCACAAACUAUGACCAUAAUGCCCCUUAUUCUGAGCGCUACAAGGUCCCCAUGUUUGGUGCCUACGGCCUGAACGAUCGCAUCAACAACAACAUGAUGGGGAUUCCUGUUAAAAGUCUGGAAAAGUACCUGAGGGGCAGGAUGAAUGUGGAAAAGAACUUCCAGAUCUUCUAUAACGACUGUGUAUCUGACACAUAAGGUGUCCUCAGAUGAUGUGGCCUAGAGAUGGUCUUCAUGGCACUGCAUUUGUCCUUAUACAUUUACGGUGGAGGUUAUGUCUUGUAUCUUAUAUGUUUAAUUUUAUGACUUAUGAUUUUAAAGCACAGAAUAAGUUAGCUUGAUUAUUUGUAUCUUCCUAACAUCCAACUUCAGUAGAUAGAAAAAGUAGUUUAGUCAUUAGUGUCUACAUUUUGUGCAUAUCUUUCAGCCCCGGAAAUGUAGCAUAGCCCAAAUGCCACACUAAAGUUCCAUUUAAGUCUUCACGUUUGCCUGAGGGAAACUGUACCACGUGACAUGAACGAAGAUGCGCUUUCUUCCCCUGUGUUUUCAGUUGUUCGAGAGACACAAAUGUAUUUUAAAAUUGGUUUUGAAAUUUGCAGUGUGCUAAAGGUCACAGAGCUGUGCUAUUGAUGCAAAGCCCUGUAGAUUAAAAAAAAUAAACACAAGUGGUUAAUGCUGUUCCUCGGUAAAUUCAUUACUAAACAUCUAAAAUGUAUGAAUGCGUCAACAGCACAUUAAGUCAGUACAAUGUCAUGAAUGGCCGUGUCCUAUAUUGACCACAAGAGGACAUCAAAGCCUCUAAUUA